AUGUCGAAAAAGGGUGCUCCCACGCUGCGUGCGGGCAAUUCCGCCAUGUCACGCAUCGCCGACGUUCCCAUACAGUGCCUUGCCACAUGCUCAGUCCUUGAAGCGGCGUGUUUGAUGAACGACGGGCGCAAUCACUGCAUUAUAAUAAACGAUCCCGCCACGGGUAAGCUCUGCGGUCUGGUCACCGCCAAAGACCUUGCUUUUCGCGUGGUGGCCAGCCAGAUGCCCUUUACGACCCCCGUGCAGCAGAUUAUGACCCCGAGGCCGUACAUUAUGUCGGCGCGGGCAAGCACAAACGAGGCCCUGCGGUUGAUGGUUACGAAGAAGAUACGCCACCUACCGCUUGUGGACGACAGCGGCAGUGUUGUGGGGGUGUUGAACAUUACGAAAUGCUUCUACCAUGCGAUGAUCAGGCUCGAAAAGAUGGCCGACGAGGCGAAAAAGCUCGAGUCUACGUUUAAUGACCUGAAAGAGGCGUCACUCGAGCUGGAAACAAGCAAGUAUUUGCUGGUACAGCGCGGCGAGGGCGAGUCAGAGACGCAGGAUCCGUCGGAGGCUUUCGCAAGCAACGAAAACCUGAUGGAUCUGGGCAUUUUGCGCCGUAAACAGAAAAUUGUGAAGGAUUUAAAGAGACUGAUUGAUGUAAUGACGCAGCCCAAUCUCAAGAGCGUUCUCGAGGACUCGGAUCUGGAAAUGUCGCCCCCUCUGCUUAUUGGCACAAAAACAAGCGUUUUGGACGCCGUCAACCUGCUCAAGGAGAAAAAUGUGACGGCGCUGCUGGUUUGCGAGUCCCCGUCCGCUCCUGCCCACUGCAGCCACAUCAUUGGAAUUCUCACAAGUAAGGAUGUCGCGUUCCGGGUGCUAGCAAGCCACAUCGACCCCAAGUCCACGAGCAUAGCACGGGUAAUGACCCUCAGACCCAACUUUGCCGACGAAACUUUGGAAAUUCACACCGCGUUGCGACUAAUGUUCGAAGGAAAGUUUCUGAAUCUGCCAAUCAAGGAUUCCAAUGGUUACGUUACCGGCCUGGUGAGUGUUUUGCAGCUGACUUACGCCCUGCUCAAAACCCUUGACGGGUCCACUGAAACGACUGAAGAUCUCCUAGAGGCAGACAAUACAUCUAUAAAUUCUCUCGAUAAUGGGCCCGCGUGGAACCGGUUUUGGGGAUCACUGGACCAACCGCUGAGCACGAUGGAAAGCACGGAGAAGUCCUCGAGAAGAAGCUCCUACCACUUGCCACGCAAGAUGGUGCGCACCAACUCCAGUAACGAUACGCCAAUUCCCAGUGUUCCGUACAUUGGGCCCAUCAAACGCAAUUUAUCCGAGCAGUCCUCGUUUGAGCGAACGUUGCCGCGUCCACCGGCCUUCAGCAACGCUUCCUCUGCAACUGUAUUUGAGCCAAGCGCACUAAUUGAUGCUCCAGAAACUUUGAAGUCAAAACCACGGGAGGCCAAAUACAAACUGAAAAUCAAGGAGGACUUGGGUCUGGGCCUUAAUAAUAAAAUAUACAAGAUUAAGAUUGAUCUGGACUCAAUCGGCAGUGCUGCGGACCUUUUUCACACCCUGACACACAAGAUCUACCAUAAGGUGAGUCUCAGUCGCUCAGAAUAUAAAUUCGACCUUGGCUACAUCGACGAGGAUGGAGACUUGAUAUCUGUCGAAAAAGAGGAGGACUUUGAGAAUGUGAUUGAGUCCAAGCGCAUCUACUUUGUCCUGGAAAUCCGCAGGAAGUAUCCAAACCCCUCUCCCGAUGCCAUGACGUUGGCGCUGGCCGCUGGAUGCGUGGUGAUUGGGCUAUACCUGGUGAGAAGAUAUAGCUGA